AUGGGAUCAUCAGAGACUGAACUAUUACAAAUGAUAUUGGAUUUAUUAAAUCAUAAUACAAGAGAAAGCGCUUUAAUGGAUCUUUCGAAAAGAAGAGAUUCUUUCCCCAAUUUAGCUACAGUUUUGUGGUUUUCUACAGGGGUAAUGUCUGUUUUAUUGCAGGAAAUUGUGUCGGUGUAUGAUCUUCUUGAUCCUCCACACUUGACAUCAGCAGCAUCAAAUAGAGUUUGUAACGCUUUGGCUUUACUUCAAUGUGUUGCUUCUCAUCCAGAAACCCGUCCACAUUUCCUCAAUGCCCACAUUCCUUUGUUUAUGUAUCCUUUCCUAAAUACCGUUACUAAGAGUAAAUCAUUUGAAUAUUUAAGAUUAACAUCAUUAGGUGUUAUUGGAGCUUUAGUGAAAUCAGACGAGGAUGAAGUUAUUAAUUUUUUACUUCCUACAGAAAUAAUUCCAUUAUGUUUACGUAUUAUGGAGAGUGGAACAGAACUUUCACAGACAGUGGCUACAUUUAUAAUACAAAAGAUUUUAACUUUCGACAAGGGAUUACAUUACAUUUGUGCCACACCUGAUCGUUUUUAUGCUGUUUGCUCAGUUUUUGGAACAAUGGUAAAUGAUAAUCCUUCUUUCAGACUUUUAAAACACAUUAUAAGAUGUUAUUUACGUUUAUCUGAACAUGCUAAAGCUAGAGAUGCUCUCAGUCAAUGUUUACCACCAUCUUUGAGAGACAAGACUUUCCAAAAGUUUUAUGAUAGUGAUACUAAUUUAAAACAAGUCAUUUUGAAUUUACUAACAAGAAUUGGUGACUUGGAAGCUUAUCAAAGACUGUGUAAUUAG